CUUUUAUUCUUUUAAAGAUAUGUCCUACCUCUCUGCUGAAAAGGCAGAAUCUGAACUCGCUCAGAGUAUCAAGAAAGCUUGCAGUAUUGAAGAAACUGCUCCUAAACAAAAGCACGUUAGAAAAUGCAUCGUCUAUACUUGGGACCAUAGAACAUCAGCUAUUAUCUGGAAUAUCCUUAAAGUGCAGCCUUUACUUUCUGACGAAGUACAAGCUUUUAAGGCUCUCAUUUUGGUGCAUAAAGUGGUGAAAGAUGGUCAUCCCAAUGUUAUUAAAGAUGCCCUUCGAGAAACUGGUUGGCUUGAGACAUGUGCUCGUAGUGUGAAUGGAGAGGGUAUGCGUGGUUAUGGUAUGCUUAUUCGUGCCUAUGUUGAUUUCCUUUUACACAAACUUCAGUACCACCGUACACACCCCGAAUUCAAUGGUACUUUUGACUAUGAAGAGUACAUUAGUUUAAAGAACAUUGAUGAUCCUAAUGAAGGUUUCGAGACCAUCAGUGACUUAAUGACCUUGCAAGAUCAUAUAGAUCGAUUCCAAAAAACCGUGUUUGGUAGUUUCCGUCACCAUUCAAACAAUGAAUGCCGUAUUGCUGCUCUUGUGCCUCUUGUGGAAGAAAGUUAUGGUAUUUAUAAAUUUAUCACAAGCAUGAUGAGAGCCAUGCAUCAGCGCACCGAUGCUUCUGAAGCACUUGCUCCCUUAAGACAAAAGUUCAAUACACAACAUUAUGCUCUUUUGAAAUUCUAUUAUGAAUGUUCCAACUUGAAAUACUUGACGAGUCUGAUCAAUGUGCCUAAGCUCUCACCCGAUCCACCCUCUUUGAUUGAUGCCAAUACACCUCAAUUACCUAAGCGCCCUGAAGUAGCUCGUAUCGAAGCCCCUCCACCACCACAAGCGUCUCCUGAACCUGUCAUUGACUUUUGGUCCGAGAAGCAAGCACAACAACAACGAGAGUACGAAGAACAACAAAGAAAAUUAGCUCAACAACGCGCUGAGGAACAAGAACGUAUGCGACAGAUGCAAAUGCAACAACAGCAUGAAUAUGAAGAACAACAGCGAAGAAUGGCUGACCUUGAACGUCAAAGACAAGAAGAGCUCCUGAGACAGCAAAUGCAGCAUCAGCAAGUAGGCAGAAUUAACGAUUUGGAAAUGCAGAUUUUGAAUGCUCGUAAUCAACUUGAACGUAACCAAAUGAUGUUGGAACAAUACGAUAGAAGAGUUAAGGCACUUGAGCAAGAGCUGGCUUCUGUCAAUGCCAAUGCUCAACUUAGGGAUCAAUCAAAAGAUGAGCUUAUUCGCUCUCUUCAAUCUGAAAUUCAAAUGUGGAAGAACAAAUAUGAAGCAUUGGCUAAGCUUUACAGUCAAUUAAGAAAAGAGCAUAUUGAUUUGCUUAAUAAAUACAAGGGACUUCAAGUCAAGGCUAAUUCUGCACAAGAAGCCACAGAAAAACUAGAACGUAUGCAAGCUGAUAUGCGUGCAAAGAAUGUCGAACUUGCUGAUCUGAUCCGUGAGCGUGACAGGGCACGCAACGAGUUGGCUCGUUUACAAGGUAACCAGCGUGAAGAUAUGGAUCGUUUGCGCCGUGAAUUGGACGAUGCUCGUAAUCAAAUGCAAAACAUGGGUAGAUCAAAGGGUGAUGAAGUCAGUGCUCUCCUUGCUAAAUUCAACAGAGAAAAGCAAGACCUUGAAGCCAGUUUGAUGGAAAAGCAAGCCUUGAUUGAUGAAUUCCUCAAGCAAAUUGAGGAUCAACAAGGUGAAGCUGAUCAUAUCCGUCAAGAAAAAGACGAAGAAAUCGCUGUGUUGCAAGCUGGUAUGGAUGAAUGUCUUUCACAAUUGGCAGAAUUGCAACAAAAUGAUCGACAACAAGACCUUCAAGAUGAGCUCGAUCGUUUACAAACUGCACAAACCGAUAAGUUAAAUCAAGUCUUGGACUGUAUUUUGACAACUUGUAUUCAAAAGAUCAAUGACGGUAUUUAUGAUAUUGAACAACCCACUUCACACGGUAAUGAAAACUCUACGCCUGAAUUGGCUUUGUCUAUGAUUGAAAGAGCCAGUAUUACUUCUGUUGAGUUCAUGUCUGCCUUCAGUCGAUUCUUAGAUGGCAGUAAUACAGGUGAUCAUACAGGCACAAUCACACGAGCUCUUGAGUUCUCUGAUACUAUCCUUGACGUCCUUCAACACUCUAAGGGUAUUACUCAAUUUGUCAUGAAAGACGAAGACGGCGAAGAACUUGUUAAACUCGGCAAAGGAUCUGCUGAAGCAUGUAUCCAAUACUUUAGCAGUGUCAUGUCUAGUUAUCUCAAGAUGCUCCCUCCUGCUCAACGUCCUGAAGUUGUAAUUCAAGGUGACAUGCGUGUCCAAGAAGCCUUGACAAGACUUUCACAAAAGACCGAAGAUCUGAUUUUGACAGGCGCUACUGAUGUCAACAAGAUGUCUGAAGGUGAUGUAGGUGAUCUUGUUGAACAAGAAAUGACCAAGGCUGCCCGUGCCAUUGAAGAUGCUACCCUCAAGAUUCAAGAUUUGAUGCGUCGUCCAGCUAAUCCCAAUUUUUCUGCUACAGACAUUCAAGUCCAUCAAUUGAUCUUGAAUUCUGUCUUGGCAUUGACUAAUGCUAUCGGUAACUUGAUCAAGUGUGCUACUCUCUCACAACAGGAGAUUGUUGCCCAAGGACGUGGUUCUUCCUCAAAAGCUGCUUUUUACAAGAAACAUAAUCGUUGGACUGAAGGUCUUAUUUCAGCUGCCAAGUCCGUAGCUGUAGCUACAAAUUUACUUGUGGAAGCUGCUGACGGUGUCAUCAGUAAAACUCAUUCUUUGGAACAAUUGAUUGUUGCUUCAAAUGAAGUUUCUGCUGCCACAGUUCAAUUAGUAUCUGCUUCUCGUGUCAAGUCAUCAUUCAUGUCUCGUACUCAAGAGCGUUUGGAAUUGGCUGCUAAGGCUGUCAAGGAUGCUGCUGCCGAAUUAGUCAAGCAAGUCAAGGGUCUUGUUGCUCAACAAAACAAAUCAGAUACGUUGGAUAUUGACUUUAACAAACUUUCUGUGCAUGAAUUCAAGCGUAGAGAAAUGGAACAACAAGUCAAGAUCUUAAAAUUGGAUGCUGAAUUAACGAAUGCUCGUCGUGUUCUUGCUGAAAUGAGACGCAGUGGUUAUCAUACGGAAGAAACAGAAUAAACGUCAUUAUCAUUUUUUCAUUAUUUACA